AUGAUAGUUGCCCCAUCCUGGCAAGCCAAGGAGCACUUUCUUUGGCAUGGCACCAGUCGCAGGGCGGCAGAGGCUAUUGUAAGAGCUGACUUCCGCGUGCCCAAGGAGAUAAAGAACGGCGCGCGCUACGGUUGUGGUCUGUAUUUCGCUGAAGACGUCGGCAAGAGUUUAGCUUAUGCUCCUGUCAACACAUCGUCUGAUGGACGGACGACCUCGCAGUUUCUCCUACUCUGCCGGGUGCUGUGUGGCCAGAUGUAUUACACCAGCGAAAGAUAUGAACUGGAUGCCGUCAUCUCAGCGCACAAGGUUGGCAAGAAUUCCGUCCUUGCGAAUCCUCUGCGCGAAGGGCCUCGUGAGUUCAUCGUGUGGCAUGAGAUGCAGGUCUACUCCGAGUAUCUCCUGGAGGUCACCGUGCGCGAUGAAGACCCAUAG